UUAUCCAUUAGCCUACAUGGUCCAUUUCUAUCUGCAACAAGAGGAUGCACGCCAAUUUAGCAGGAAUGCUUUGAAAUGCAGUUAACUUCAUGUAGCCUAAUAUGACCAUCAUAAAGAAGAGAUAAGAACAUCUAAUAUUUCUGUCACCCUCUGCUGACUAUUGGGAGUAGUAGUGCUCAGCCAGCUCUCUCAAUUUGACAUUGUCAUCGAGUGUGCCCAACCGAGACGGAAUCCAUUGCCCUGGAUAACUCUAGCUUCGUCUGCUGCUGCCUCUGCACCCACACUUCCGCUCCGCGAGAGGCAAAAGGCACGCGUCCAGGCGACGGAGGCACUCACAGACACAAAGAAAGAUCGGUAUGUCGGAUGAGGAUUCGCGUGCCAGCAUUAGUUCUUCUUCCUCAACUCAUCAGCAUUUAAAAAAAAACGCGCCUAAGAAACGAGAAGAAAGCAAAGCCAGUAUGAGCAAGACUUCCAAACUCCUCUCCACCAGCGCCAAAAGAAUUCAGAAGGAGUUGGCUGACAUUACUUUGGAUCCGCCACCGAACUGCAGUGCGGGUCCAAAAGGAGACAACAUCUAUGAGUGGAGAUCCACCAUCCUGGGACCACCAGGCUCUGUAUACGAGGGAGGAGUCUUCUUCCUAGAUAUCGCCUUCACACCAGACUACCCCUUCAAACCACCCAAGGUGACGUUCCGUACCAGGAUCUACCACUGUAACAUCAACAGUCAGGGUGUGAUCUGUCUGGACAUCCUGAAGGACAACUGGAGCCCCGCCCUCACCAUCUCCAAGGUGCUGCUGUCCAUUUGCUCCCUGCUCACUGACUGCAACCCUGCUGACCCUCUGGUAGGAAGCAUCGCCACCCAGUACACAACCAACAGACCAGAGCACGACAGGAUAGCCAAACAGUGGACCAAGAGAUACGCCACAUAGACACACAGGACUGGGUCGUAUUCAUUAGGGACUGAAACGGGGAGGAACUACUUGGAAUUGUCCAAUAAGAAACGUUAAUUUGUUUCCCAUUGCAAAACGUUUUCUGUUGCAUGCCCUAAUGACUACAAUCCGGGGCAACAUGAGGGGGAGGUGUCGCCUUUCUGGGAUGACUCGGGGACUGUCAGGUUGGGGGAAACGGGAGCUUGGAGACUAAGGGAAGGAUUUUUCUUGGAAUUUGUCAUAUCUCCUGAUAUUUUGUUCAUGGUCUUUAAGUUCUCGGCCCGUAUAUUAUAAUGAAGAUUUUGGUAAUAAUGCUUUUCAAUGUUUCCUUAACGUUCUGUAAAUGAUUUUUUUGCUAAUUGUACUACGAAAUGAAAUUAAUUAGAAAUUGUUGGACUGCUUGUAUAAAGGUGUGACACAAUGGUUUUCUGGUAGAAUUCCUAAUCUCAUGUCAACGUGAAUUUCACAUAAUAAAGUAACCGUUGGUGUAA